ACUCAUGCAUGUUCCUCUCACUGAUCACUUGCAAUGAAAUGAACAACCAAGAUCACCCCAUUCACCACCAUGCAUUGCCCUCAUAGCUAGCUGUGACUACAAAUCCACAAAGAUAUAGACAGAGAGAGAGAGAGCACAAAAGAUUCUAUUUUUGGCACACACAACUUAUGGCAUCCAUUGCCACCUUCUUCAACAAGUUCCUCUAUCUUCUCAUCCUUCUUGUCCACCUUGGCUGCUUCAUCUUCACCACCACCACCUCCACUGCCGCCGGAAAACAAGACAACCGCCACGCGCCGCAGUCAAAGAAACGAAAAAUCUCACCUUUAUCCCAACCCUCUUCUCCUUCCCACCCCAAAUUCAAAACCCACAAAGCACUUUCAUCUUCUUGGCAUUUCAUCAAACACCUCUUUUCCACCAAGUCCUGUAAAACCACCACCGCCACCGCCCAAUCAUCCCCACAAUCCACCGCCAACACCACCGUCUCCGCCGCCGCCGCCGCGAAUUCCUUAACCACCGCAAGAACCUCCCACCAAUCGCUCAUUUCUCUAACACAACCCGACCUGUUUUCUCCGGAUCUUCAACGCAAAAAACCAACUGGGCCGUGCCCCGAAUCCGAUAUCUCCGCCGACAACAACCUCUUCUUCCCUCUCCGCAACGACAUCUUCCCCUGCACCGCGUGCGGCGAGAUCUUUCAGAAACCCCAGUUCCUCGAACAACACCAAUCCACAAAACACGCCGUUUCGGAGCUAACCGGAUCGGACCCGGGUCACAACAUUGUCCAAAUCAUAUUCAAGUCGGGUUGGCCCGAAACCAAGGAGUUUCCGCGCGUAACACGAAUCCUAAAGAUCCACAACAGCCCCAAGAUCCUCUCCAAGUUCGAGGAAUACCGCGAGAGCGUGAAAUCCAAGGCCACGCGCCAUGGCACCCUCACGCGCCGCCGUGACGAGCGGUGCAUCGCCGACGGCAACGAGCUCAUGCGUUUCCACUGUGCCACGUUCUUAUGCGAAUUGGGACAAAAUGGGGAUUCUUCGAUUUGUUCACAGCAAUUUUGUAAUAUUUGUGGUAUCAUAAAAUCAGGGUUUUCUCCUAAGCUUGAUGGAAUUUCCACGCUGUCCACCAGCUGGCGUGCACAUGUGUCAAUUCCUGAUGACGUGGAGCGUGAGUUUCGCUUCAUGAACGUGAAGCGGGCCAUGCUAGUGUGUCGGGUAAUUGCGGGUCGGGUUGGAUCCGAUUCUGAUGACGUGGAAAAGGAGGAUGGGGGUUUUGAUUCGGUGAUGGCGCGUGGAGAGAGUGGAGUUUACACACGCCUUGAUGAGGAGGAGCUGUUGGUGUUUAAUCCUAGGGCUGUGCUUCCUUGCUUUGUCAUUGUGUAUAGUGUGUGA